AUGGACAACUCAUACUACUCUUCGCAGACAACCGCCCUCAGCGCCAUAAUCCGAAACCCACCCCACGCACCACAAACUCUUACUUAUCCACAAAGGCCCAACGUUGGCAACGUCAACGAUAACUGGGUCUUUGCGCAAUUUGAAGGCAAUGAUGACGCCGAACAUUUACGGACAAAACUCAGGUCUAUCCUCGACCAGCAAUGGUGGCUGCUUAAUCUUGCUCCACCGGGGAAUGAUCUCGACGAUGCUCCGACUAACACGCAUUGUGCUGGUCAUCUGUGGGGCUCGACAUUCUUCCCAACCGACUAUUUGACCACGGGCGAUCGGAUGUCCUUUGUAUUGCAGAGCCCUCAGGACAACAUGACACGUGCAGAAUUCGUCAAACUACCACUUGAAAUUGUUGUCCAUAUCUUGGAGCAGCUGCGGGCCCGUGACAUUCUCGCUGUCGGAGCGACAUGUCGACGACUCAAAUUCUUCAUCGACCAGUCCAGCGUGCUUCAGCUCAUCACAGAGCUCGCGGUGCAAGGCCUGAGGCUCCGAACAUAUCCUCCGGCUACUCAGCCUUGUGGUCUGAAGACAAUGUCACCAGCAGAGCGACUCGACGCCCUUCGACGCGCUAUCCAACGUUCUACGCAGGCGACGGAUGAUCUCGCGUACAAGUUUGACUGUCAGGGCGUAAGCUACGCUACCCAAGCUGGUCUCCUCUGCUACACGACGCGUCUGAAUGGACACGUCUCCGGGAUCGUCAUCCAAAGUCUGUGGGAAGCAAGCAGUGAACCGUGGAGACGUUUUGAUGACCUUGGCGUGAUCAUCGAUGCGUUUGCGUUUGACGUGUACGAGGAUCUACUCGUUCUCAUAUCGUCACCCCUCACCGCAGGGGACAACGCCAAGAUUCAUCUUCGGUCCUUGAGGACAGGCUUGGAUCAUCCACGCGCGUCCAGUGCCACUCUUGAACUCUUUUCUCGUAAUUUCGAUUCGGAGAAGACCAAAGUGCUGGUUUCAGGACACAUCCUGAUAUAUUAUGGCCCCGACUACGACGGAUGGGGUUGCAUGAUGGUCUGGGACUGGACGACAGGAGAAAUCACGUUCAAGAUGCUCGAUCGUAUUGGGGGUGUAGCCUUUAUCUCGACUACUCUUCUUCUUUGGAUUGAACACAACGACCCAGAUACCCAAUCUCAAAUCUGUAUCCGAGAUAUUACAGAUUCUGGAUCCAUUACUCUGCGCCUCGCGUUGGAGGACGAUCCGAUCCUCUAUAUGGAACAUGGGAUCCGCCCGGCUGUCUUUUUCAUGGCCUCUACGCCUGAACGUGACACUCCAAAUCUUCCAGACGACCUCCCCUUGAGCCCAUACAUUCACGAUGAGACUGGGGAUACAAUCGUGUGCAUCUAUUCGGAGAGCAUGAACCUAUUCAAUAUCGUCCGUACAAGGGCUCUGCUAAGCCUUUACGAAGAGCAAACAUUGGCCGCCAUGUCGACUACAAGCGCCAUGGAAAAGGGAUGCGAGUCCAGUGUUAUCCCUCGAGAGGAGUGGAGCCAAGGCGUAGCGUUUCGCAUACAUUCGGAAAAAGUGCAACCCCUCGAUGCGCACUGUACGGCAAUCUCGCAAGCGCGCCUUGCUCUCCUUGGGUUCAACAGAGAGAUAUUCUUGUCGACACCGUCUCUUCAAGAGCAGGAAGAGCGAGAACAGAGGACUGAGUUUACGGAUGCUUUCGUCGCUGUCCUCGACUUUAACACCCGUCCGAUUCGGCUCGCCAACGGGAAGCGAGGAGAAAAGGAAAGUGACGAGUCUAGUCUAUUCUUGAGCUAUAUGCUCAGUAUUGAUGACGAGAAGGUCUGGCAUCGACUCGUUAUCCCCCCCAGACCGAUCUCGGAGGACCAGGAGAUCACGAUGGGCUCGAGCCAUAUUCUCACUGUACAGUUAGAUGAUUUACUCAGCAUUACCUCUUGCUCAGCUCUACCGUUCUGGACGGUGCACGAGGAUGAUGGUAUCUCUAACGACUAA